CCCCGCGAAAAGCUGAUUGUGGGUGUCAUCAUUCAGACACCGGUGGCGUGGUUUUUCUCUUGUCAGAUUUGCAAAGUACUUCUGUCUUUUGUUUUCUGUUUUCUUGCAGUGGAGUAAAGUAAAGCGGAUACAUUAUAAUGACGGAGCGAAAAGGAACAGCAAAGUUGGACUACCUCAGAAAGAUUGAAUUAGAAAUCCAGGAGAAAUGGGAGAAGGAGAAAACAUUUGAGAGGGAUCCACCAACAACAGUUGGAGAAACUUCCAACAAAAACAAGUACUUCGUCACCUUUCCCUACCCUUACAUGAAUGGCCGUUUACAUCUUGGUCAUACAUUUAGCUUGUCCAAGUGUGAGUUUGCUGUUGGUUAUCAGACUCUCAAGGGGAAGAAAUGCCUUUUCCCAUUUGGACUGCACUGUACAGGAAUGCCAAUCAAGGCUUGUGCAGACAAACUGAAAAGAGAGAUGGAGCUGUACGGGAACCCUCCACAGUUUCCAGAUGAUGACGAAGAGGAGAAAGAAAAGCCUAAAGCAUCUGAUGAAAUCAUCAUCAAAGACAAAGCAAAGGGCAAGAAGAGUAAAGCAGUGGCCAAAGCCGGAUCCUCCAGCUUCCAGUGGGACAUCAUGAGGUCUUUGGGCCUUAAUGACAAGGAAAUCGUUCGGUUUGCCAAUGCGGAACAUUGGCUGGAGUACUUCCCUCCUUUGGCAAUUCAAGACCUUAAAAAAAUGGGAGUCAAGGUGGACUGGAGGCGUUCCUUCAUCACCACAGAUGUGAACCCCUUCUAUGACUCUUUUGUUAGGUGGCAGUUUGUCACACUAAAGGAGAGAAAAAAAAUCAAGUUUGGCAAAAGGUAUACCAUCUACUCUCCCAAGGAUGGACAACCAUGCAUGGACCAUGACAGGCAGACUGGAGAGGGUGUCGGACCUCAAGAAUACACACUCAUCAAGAUGAAGAUAGUUGAACCGUACACGGCAAAAUUCAAAUCUAAAGUAUUUUACAGCAGCGGCAUGAAGGGGAAAAACCUCUUUCUGGUGGCCGCCACUCUGAGACCAGAAACCAUGUUUGGUCAGACGAACUGCUGGGUGAGGCCCGACAUGAAGUACGUGGCGUUCGAAACGGCCAGCGGAGACGUCUUCAUCUCCACCAGCAGGUCUGCCAGGAACAUGUCCUUUCAGGGCUUCACCAAGGAGAACGGAGUGGUGCCGGUGAUCAUGGAAAUCCUGGGGCAGGAUCUCCUCGGUUGUGCCCUGAGCGCUCCUCUGACUUCCUACAAGAUAAUCUACGCUCUUCCCAUGCUCACCAUCAAGGAGGACAAAGGUACGGGAGUGGUUACCAGCGUGCCGUCUGACGCUCCUGAUGAUAUCGCUGCUCUCAGGGACAUCAAGAAGAAACAGGCUUUAAGGGAAAAGUAUGGAAUUGAGGACAAGAUGGUGUUGCCCUUUGAGCCGAUCCCGAUCAUUGAGAUUCCAGGCUACGGGAACCUGUCUGCUCCUCUGGUUUGUGAUGAGCUGAAGAUCCAGAGUCAGAAUGACAAAGAAAAGCUGGUUGAAGCCAAAGAGAAGGUUUACCUGAAGGGCUUUUAUGAGGGGAUUAUGCUGGUUGAUGGUUACAAAGGCCAGAAAGUCCAGGAUGUGAAGAAGCCCAUCCAGAAGAUGAUGGUUGAGAAGGGUGAGGCCAUGAUCUACAUGGAGCCAGAAAAACAGGUCAUGUCUCGUUCUGCUGAUGAAUGCGUGGUGGCUCUCUGUGACCAGUGGUAUUUGGACUACGGAGAUGCUGAGUGGAAGCAGCAAGCCACUGAGGCUCUCAAGUCUUUGGAGACAUUUUGUGAGGAGACGAGGAGAAACUUUGAGGCCACGUUAGCGUGGCUGCAGGAACACGCGUGUUCUCGGACCUACGGUCUCGGAACACGACUGCCUUGGGACGAACAGUGGCUGAUUGAGUCUCUAUCGGACUCCACAAUCUACAUGGCUUACUACACAGUAGCCCACCUCCUUCAGGGGGGAGUGCUCAACGGACGGGGAGAGUCGCCACUGGGCAUCAAGCCAGAGCAGAUGACCAGAGAAGUUUGGGACUUCAUCUUCUUUAAGACGGCUCCCUUCCCAAAGACGGACAUUCCUAAAGAGCACUUGCAGAAGCUGAGGAGGGAGUUUGAGUACUGGUACCCUGUGGAUGUUCGUGUGUCCGGCAAAGAUUUGGUGCCCAACCACCUGUCCUACUUCCUGUACAACCAUGUGGCUGUGUGGCCCAAAGACAAGGGGAAGUGGCCUCAAGCAGUUCGAGCUAAUGGACAUCUGCUCCUCAACUCUGAGAAGAUGUCCAAAUCAACCGGAAACUUCCUCACUCUCAGCCAAGCCAUUGAUAAGUUUUCAGCAGAUGGUAUGCGCUUGGCUCUGGCUGACGCUGGAGACACAGUGGAGGAUGCCAACUUUGUAGAGACCAUGGCUGAUGCCGGCAUCCUACGCCUCUACACCUGGGUGGAGUGGGUAAAGGAGAUGAUUGCCAACCAGAACAACCUUAGAACCGGACCUGCAGAUACCUUCAACGAUCGAGUCUUUGCCAGUGAAAUGAACGCAGGCAUCAUAAAGACGGAGCAGCAUUAUGAAAGAAUGAUGUACAAGGAGGCUCUGAAGAGCAGCUUCUUCGAGUUUCAGGCUGCCAAAGACAAGUACCGUGAGCUGGCCAUUGAAGGCAUGCACCGAGACCUGGUUUUCCAGUUCAUAGAAAGACAAACUCUGCUGCUGGCCCCCAUCUGUCCUCACCUCUGCGAAUACACAUGGGGGCUCCUGGGCAAGACGAGUUCCCUGAUGACGGCGUCAUGGCCUGCAGCAGGUCCAGUCGAUGAGAUUCUGAUCCGCUCCUCCCAGUAUCUAAUGGAAACUGCGCAUGACCUCCGUCUGCGGUUGAAAGCGUACAUGCAACCUCCCAAAAACAAGAAAGGUGACACAAAGCCCCCGGUCAAGCCCUCCCACUGCACCAUCUACGUGGCCAAGAGUUAUCCUCCCUGGCAGCACAGCGCCUUAUCCCUGCUUGGCAAGCACUACAGGAGCAAUAAUGGAGUCCUUCCAGACAACAAAGUGAUAGCAGGCGAGUUGGGAGCCCUGCCUGAGCUGAAGAAGUACAUGAAGAGAGUCAUGCCUUUUGUAGCCAUGAUCAAGGAGAACUUGGAGAAGAAUGGAGCCAGAGUCUUGGAUCUGGAGCUGGAGUUUGAUGAGAGAACCGUUCUCAUGGACAACCUGGUCUACCUAACAAACUCUCUGGAGCUGGAGCAGAUCGAUGUCUUAUUUGCAACCGAGGCUGAUGACAAAGUGAAGGAAGACUGUUGCCCCGGGAAACCGUUUAGUGUUUUCAGAUCAGAGCCCGGAGUGUGCGUGUCCCUGGUAAACCCUCAACCGUCCAACGGCCUGUUCUCAACAAAGGUCGACAUCCGACAGGGAGAUAGCAAAGACAAUGUCAUCCGGAGACUAGCCAAAGUCAACAGACUCAUUAAAGAUUUGUCCCGGGUGAAGCUCAUGAGGUACGAGGACCCUGUUUUGGGGCCUCGCCGCGUGCCCGUCCUGGGACAGGAAGAAAAAGACAAACUGCCCAUCUCUGAAAAGUCCGUCUUCCACAUAAACCUGGAGGAGAAAAGUGUAACUCUAGCCGACAACGGUCUGACCGCAGACAUCGGGGACACUCUAGUUUAUCUGAUCCAUUAGGGAAGCAUUUGCUUCAUGCAGGCACACAGGAGCACGCUGCAGCAAUCAUUCUGUAAGCAUUAUUCAUGUCAUGUUAAAACUGAAAUUAGGUCAUAAAGUAAAUGUCUUUUUUUAAUUUGUUUUGGAAGUUACAUAUUUCUGACACUAAAAAGCUGAAUAUUUAGUGUUAUUGAAGUUUGAAACAACAUACUUGUGGAUUUAUGAUGUUUUCCCGCCCGACAUGAUGCACAAUGAAUAAAGAAAACUGCUCAAUCAAGUUUUAAGGUAUUUUUGUCUUAAGAGGAGAAAUUCAGCAAAUGUUUAGCAUUUGUUACUCAUGUUAUGUUUUUGCAUUGACAGCGUGCUCCUGCACCAUCCUGACGUGUUUCAUAUAGAUGGUAAUGUGUCUGUUGUAUUCUUUUAUACAUCAAAGAUGUGGCGUAUUGUUCCCUUAUGGCUCGUCAGCCUGUCAGCCAGCAAGCGUUCCUAUUUUCUAGCUGUCAAUCACAGUUGUCUGGCUUUUGUAAAAGAAUAAAAUGUUUAAGAAAAAAUUCA